UAUUUAUUUUCGUGAGCGCCGCUCUCCGGCUUCAUCCCCGUCUUCUCCGGCAUCUCCUCGUUAGGGUUCCUUUAUCGCCCGAGAAUACUUCCUCUUCCUCCUCCGUCUUCGCUUCCCUGACAUCGAUACCUUCUUCCGAAACCUGUUCCCCGCCCCAAUUCUUUUUCUAUCGAAUGCGCUCCCUCUGAUACCCCACCGGUUCCCGGCGGCCCGAGCGAUGGACGGCGUCGGAGGAGACGGGGGCGGGGCCCAGACGGCUGCGGCGACGACCGCGAACGCGAGCCUGAAUGGCGGCGCUCCGCCCCCGUUCCUGAGCAAGACGUACGAGAUGGUGGACGAUCCCGCGACGGACGCCAUCGUUUCGUGGGGCUCCGCCAACAACAGCUUCGUGGUUUGGAACACGACCGAGUUCGCGCGAGACCUCCUCCCCAAGUACUUCAAGCAUAAUAACUUCUCCAGCUUCGUGCGCCAGCUCAAUACCUAUGGUUUUAGAAAGGUUGAUCCUGAUCAAUGGGAGUUUGCCAAUGAGGGGUUCCUGAGAGGUCAAAAACACUUGUUGAAGAACAUCAGUAGGAGAAAAUCAACCCAUCCACACAAUCAACAACAACAGCCUCAAACACAGAGUAGCAUUGAGGUGGGGAAAUUUGGGAUGGAAGAGGAGAUUGAGAGGCUCAAGAGAGACAAGAAUGUACUCAUGCAGGAACUGGUUAGGCUGAGGCAGCAGCAGCAGGCCACUGAUCAGCAAUUAAACACCUUAGGUCAGCGCCUUCAAGGUAUGGAGCAGCGGCAGCAACAGAUGAUGUCAUUCUUGGCAAAAGCCAUGCAGAGCCCUGGCUUCUUAGCCCAGUUGGUACAGCAAAAUGACAGCAAUCGACGCAUAGUUGGAGUAAACAAAAAACGAAGACUGCCUAGGCAAGAAAAUAAAGUGGAUGGCGAAAGUGCUGUCCACGAUGGUCAAAUAAUUAAAUACCAGCCCUUAAUAAAUGAAGCAGCAAAAGCAAUGCUGAUGCAGAUUUUAAAGUUUGAUACGUCUCCUAGGUUGGAAUCUUUUGGCAACUCCCAGAACCUUUUGCUUGAGAAUUUUUCUUCACCUGUGGAAGCUUUUGAUGGCAGGAGUUCUUUAAAGAGGAUAUCUGGAGUUACUCUAUCUGAAGUGCCUGCAAGUACGGGCUUUCCAUCUUUGCCUACGAACUCUGGGUAUUCAACAAUGCCCUCUUCUGUGCCAUCUGAUGUUCAAUCUUCUUCCGUUGUAGCAGAUAUGGUUGCAACAACUGAAAUGCCUAAUAUGAAUACAGGGGCUGGGUCUGUUGCUCCAUCACAUACUGCUAAUGGUACGUUGAAACUUUCUGAGGGGCAGUCUGCAAUGCCUAAUGGAUUACAUAGCUACAUAGGACCUACUGGAGGAAACAUUCCUUUGAACCCGGAGUUCAUGGAUCAACUGGCAGGAAUUGAUACUGAAAAGUUUUCUUUUGAUACCGAUGUGGAUAUCUUAAAUGAUGAUGAGAAGCUUCCGAGCAUAAAUGAUCCUUUCUGGGAGCAAUUCCUUACUGCCAGCCCACUAUUAGGAGAUGCUGAAGAGGUAGACUCAGGCAUACAUGAAACUGAGGAAAUGAGGCUAGAAUCAGGGGAUGACUGGGGCAGUUCUCCCAACAUGGACCACCUCACAGAGCAGAUGGGACAUCUCACAUCGGAGACGAAUAGGCAUUGAGAAGGCAUGCCUUGGUGUAGUUGUUGGUGGAUACUGGGAAGCAGUUGGUAAGUUGCAUAGCUGUUGCUGCUCAAUAGCGAGUCAAACAGACGUGUAAGAGGCUCUGUUCUACUUUGUAUUAUCUUUAGGCAGUUUACUAUCCUGUUGCUUUUGCUGAAGAGAAUUUAUAUAGAAUGUAAACUUACGUGUUGGAUCACUCUUUGUCUUAUAUAUGUUCUUCUGUUUUGAGGCC